AUGAAAACCUUUAUAGGACAUUUUAAUAAUAAUGCCUUAUUUUCUAGAAAUACUUUUACAAAUAAAUCAUUGAGAGCAAGAAAAUAUAACAAAAAUAUCUUGAGUUUAAAAAAUCUUAUAUAUUCAUCAUUUUUUUUAUAUUCCACUAUGAACAAAGUUAUUGGUACGCAUUCUGGACGAUUUCAUACUGAUGAAAUAUUGGCUACAGUUAUGUUAAAAUUUCUACCAGAAUAUAAAGAUGCAAAAAUAAUAAGAACACGUGAUCAAUCAAAAUUAGAUACUUGUGAUAUUGUAGUAGAUGUAGGUGGUGUAUAUGACCAUGAGAAUAAAAGAUAUGAUCAUCAUCAAAAAGAAUUUGAAGGAACAUUAGAUGAUAAACAUACAAUACGUUUAAGCAGUGCUGGCUUAAUAUAUAAACAUUAUGGAAGAGAAGUAUUAAGAAAAGGCUUUUCUAUAACUGAUGAAGAAAAAUUAAAUGUACUAUAUGAAAAGUUAUAUACCUCAUUUAUAGAAUCUGUGGAUGCUGUAGAUAAUGGUAUAAAUCAAUAUGAAGGUCAACCAAAAUAUCAAAUAAAUACUACAAUACAAUGUAGGGUUAAUAGAUUUAACCCUACUUUUUUAGAAGACGACGUAGAUGAAAAUGAACGUUUUAUGGAAGCUGCAAAAAUUGUUAAACAAGAAUUUGUACAUUUUGUAACAUAUUAUUCAGAUGUAUGGUAUAUGGCAAAAAGUAUUGUACAUGAAUCUAUAUUGAAUCGUUUUAAUUUUCAUAAAUCAGGUAGGGUUAUAUAUUUACAAAAAUAUUGUCCUUAUACUGAACAUUUAUAUGAUUUAGAACAAGAAUUAAAUAUACAAGACGAAAUUUUAUAUUGUAUAUAUUCGGAUAGAUAUAAUAAUUUUAGAUGUACAGCUAUAUCAAAGAAAAAUGAACCAUUCGUUUUAAGAUUACCAUUUCCAGCUAGUUUUAGAGGUUUAAAAGAUGAACAAUUACAAACAGUUUCAAAAAUUCCUGGUCUUACAUUUGUUCAUUAUUCUGGAUUUACAAGUGCAGGAGAAAAUAUUGAAAGCCUUGUAAAAUUAGUAGAGGCCUCUCUCAAGGAAAACAACAUAGUAUACUAA